CACUUAAAAAUAACGAGUUAUCAGAUAUGAACUACAUACGUAGCUAAAACUUGCUGUAUCAAAAAAUCACAAACACAACUAGAUAACUUCCAGUUUAUAGUUAGGUAGAUUUUCAAACAGUUCAGUUUAGUUUCAAGGUGUAGCACAUACCAACACCUUCCUAUUACAAAUGGUUCUUUCCAUGGACAGAUGGGUGGGCAAAGUUGCCAUAGUUACUGGUGCUAGUGCUGGAAUCGGCGCCGCUAUUGCAGAGGCCCUCGUCGAAAAAGGCUUAAUCGUACUAGGUGUGGCUCGUCGUUCUGAACGUAUAGAAGAACGUGCCAAACAACUCUCAGACAAGAAAGGAAAACUUCAUGCCAUCAAAGCUGACCUGACCAAAGAAGAAGAUAUUUUAACAGUCUUCAAAUGGGCUACCGAAAAUUUGGGACCUGUUCAUGUUCUAAUCAACAACGCCGGAAUAGUGGCUUUCACAAACUUGACAGAAGGCAAAACUGAAGACUGGAAAUCAGUUUUUGAUCUAAACGUUAUCGCAUUGAGCAUUGCCACAAGAGAAGCAGUCAAAAUUAUGAAAGAGAACAAAAUCAAUGGCCACAUCGUACACGUGAAUAGCAUUUUGGGACACAAAGUGUUCAAUUAUCCAGGACUAAGCGUUUACCCUGCGUCGAAGUUUGCUGUUACCGCUCUCACCGAAACUUUGAGACAAGAAUUAAACCACCAAGGACUUAAAAUUAAAAUCACUAGUGUUAGUCCUAGUAUGGUUGAAAGUGAAGGGGAUAAAAAUUCGAAUCUAAAUUCAGAAAGGAAAGCUUUAAGGGAAAAUUCGGCACGUCUGAAAGGUGGAGAUAUUGCUAAUGGUGUUGUGUAUGCAUUAUCUACACCAGAACAUGUUCAGAUCCAUGAGCUUACUAUCGGUCCACUCUGAUAAGUUUUGAUAACAGCAAAUUUUUUACUUACUGCGACACGUAUUUGAGUAUAAUAUUGAAAACAAAGCACUGUGUGUAUAAAAUGAGAUAAAAAUAAACCCAUAAAUAAAUGUU